CCUUAACGAGCCAUUGUCCGUAUUGCAUGCAUAGCGCAGGAACACAGCAGUGAGUGGAGAUGUGAAAAACCUGUUCAAGUCUCAUUCACUGGCUUAAUCCCCUUCUCCUCCGCACCCCAGAUCAUACUCUUGCAGAUCAUCUGCAGGCGUCUCCACGCCCACCGGAUUCUAACUAGAACAGGAAGAAUGUAUUCACAGUCGUGCUGAGUAUAAAAGGAUGCGUACCAUGAGGUGAGUCUGGCAGACAUUGGACAAACAUCCGCCAUGUUGUCAUUGACGGUGCUGGUAGGAGUGCUCCAACUCACCACGUCCUCCUGGGCCCGAGGCGUGGUGAGGACUAACAAAAGACAAUCUUUCGACUUUAUCAACAUAACCCAAUACAAUAGCACACCUACUCCGGUUGAAGUCAGUGUGUCUCUGAAAGCCGGAGGCAGGAAUCAAACUGCGCCCCUACUAUAUGGCUGGAUGCAUGAGGACAUCUCGCACUCAGGGGACGGUGGCAUAUAUGGCGAAGCACUGGUAAACCGUGCCUUCCAAGGCUCAGGAGCAACCAUCGGCGCUUUACCAGGCGUUCCUGGCAGCAGUGUCGUGUCCUCCGAGAAUCCAAUACUCCCUUGGGGCCCGGUCAUCACUGGUUGGCAAGGCAUCGGUAGCGUUGACCUGAGUUUGACCUUGCUGCACCCAUUAUCAGACGCCCUACGGGUGGCUUUGCAGGUGGACAUACCAUUCAACGCGACCGGCGAGGUCGGCAUCCUUAACGAGGGCUGGUGGGGAAUUGAUGUCCGACCUGGGACGUACAAUGCUUCGUUCUACAUCUUGUCUGACAAGCCACGCAACAACGGUUCUCUGUCGCACAUCGAUCUGUCGUUGAGAUCAAACCUGACAAGUGAUAUAUGGGCGACUACAAGCAUACCGUUCAGCAAUGGAACCAACAUAUCAAGUUUCGAGUGGACUCAAUAUUCAGCCCAAUUGGAGAACACAGUGAGAGCCCCUAACUCAAACAACACAUUCGCUAUCACUUUCGACGCAAGCGAAGUUGCUGGGAAUACGUACUACUUCGACCUUGUCAGUCUGUUCCCAGAGACGUUUCAUGACCGUCCGAAUGGGAUACGGCGGGACCUUGGGCAGGCCAUUGUCGACCUCGGCACAAAAGUCCUCCGCUUCCCUGGUGGUAAUAACCUGGAGGGCUACAGUAUCGAGCAACGCUGGAAAUGGAACGAAACCAUUGGUCCGCUGCGUUAUCGAAGAGGCCGAGUCGGUGAUUGGGGAUAUACGAAUACCAACGGUCUGGGUCUUAUGGAGUAUCUCCAAUUCUGCGAAGACGGCGGCAUUGAACCAGUGCUCGCCGUUUAUGCUGGCUACUCGCUUGACAUCUGGGGCCAAGAUGGUGUCUCCUUCCCUGAAGACCGCAUGGGCGAUGUCCUGCAAGACAUUCUCAACGAGCUGGAGUUUGUCACAGGCGACAUCAGCACGCCUUAUGGUGCACUCCGUGCGUCUUAUGGCCAUCCCGAACCCUUCUCGUUGAACUACGUCGAAAUCGGCAACGAAGACUGGUUCAGCUCAACAUACCCAUACCGCUUCCCGAUAUUGUACAAUGGCAUUAAGCAAGCAUACCCAAACAUUACUCUCAUUUCGACCGCGUACAACGAGAAUGCCAACUACAACAUCUCUAUUCCAGCCGGCGGCAUGUGGGACACGCACCACUACGAAGAGCCAUCUUUUUUCCUAGAGAGUUUCGACUACUGGGACAACUGGCAAGAAGCCACCAACAACGAGGGAGUGACCAUCUUCGUCGGCGAGUACUCGGUCUUCCAAAUCGAUACCCCAGACGGAGUGGUCAACUUCUCAAUGCCACUUGGUGAACACAUCUUCUUUCCGACCCUGAUGGCCGCCAUCGGCGAAGGCGUAUACCUUCUCGGCGCGGAACGUAAUCCCAACGUCGUCAAAAUGUCGUCGUACGCGCCUAGCUUGCUCAACCUGAACUGGCAGAAUUGGACGCCCGAUUUGGUCGCAUUCACGGCAGAUUAUGACCAAACGGUACUGAGCGCGAGUUACUACAUGGAGCAGAUGUUCGCGUUGCAUCGAGGAGCCGAGACAUUGCCUAUCACUACAGUUCAGGGAACAUUCGAUCCGCUGUGGUGGGUUGCCACAGCCGAGCAGGGCGACGGAGUGGUGUACUUCAAGGUCAUCAACUCGGGGAACAGUAGCGUGCCGUUGACUGUUGACUUCGAUAGGACGUUCACUGCCGUCAAUGGGACGAUUCUGACACAUCCCGACCUUGGAGCAUUCAAUUAUCUCGACAAUGCCACCGCGGUCUCUCCCGCGCCUAUGACGAAUCUGCCGGCGGUCUCAGCUGGUCAGACGACCUUCACCUGGGCGGUGCCGGCAUGGUCGAUCAAUGUGCUUGAAUUUGAGAUGGGCACGGGCACAUCGACAAACUGGUCAACUGUCGCGUAAGACUGAGCGAGUUGGACAUGGCCCCGUCCCACCGAAAAUCAGACGAUCUGAGCAUCAUGGCACGGUAUGAUGCAUCUAAGAAACAGGUCGAGCAGAAGACGACCCAACGUGACUUGAGAAUAAU